AAAUCUCUCACUAUCAUUUGAGUAUAAAAAGGAAAUAAAUAAAUAAACAAAUAAAUAAAUAAAUAAAACUGAAAAUUCAUAUCGAUUAAAGUCCGUUACCCUAAAAGGAAAAGAAAAGUUUUUCAUUUACAUUCUUGGAAUUAACAACCAGAAAACGAUAUUUAAAGAAAAUGCUAAUCAAAUUUCUACUUUACUGUUUGUUGUUGUCUGUCAAACUACAGUUACAUAUUGUAAACUUACAUCCAACAAUUCUUGCAGAUGGGAGCAUAAUUCGUCAUAGAACUAAACGAUGGGCCUUUUAUGAAAUACAUAAAUGUGGUCGUAUUAAAGGAUAUAGUUGUUUAGAACAUCGUCAUUGUUAUGAACGUUACCUGCGUCGUGAUAUGGUUUGUUUUGAAGUUUAUCCAUGCUUAAGUUCAUGUAUAUUUAUUGCUCAGCUUCACGAUGCUGAAAAAUUAAAUGAACAAAUUAAAAAAUUAUUAUUAGACGGUAUACCAGUCAAUAAUCAUAACGAUCCGAUUAAUUAUGUACGAGAACAAACGGCAAAAUUAUUGAAAGAAUUAAAUUUAACUCUACCAUUGCAUAAUCAACCAAAAGUCUCAGUGCUAUCAUCACCAUCACCACCAUCAUCAUCAUCAUCAUCAUCAUCAGCAGCAGCAGCAGCAGCAUGA